GACUGCAAAGUUGGAGGACCAAAUUUAACCUUAUUCCUUCAAAAACCCACUUCUAUUUGGAUCUGGUCACGAAACGCCUAAAUUAGAUCCAUAAUUACCAAAUCACCACGGCCAAACAAAUCCCUACUGCGUGGCAGCAGUGAUGCAGAAAAGAGAGCAGAACAAGUCCGGUGGCUCAGCUGGUGGCGCCACCGCACCAUCGGCCAAGAGAGGCCGUCCUUUUGGCAGUACAAGUAGUAACAUCACAUCCUCUGGGUCCGGCGGUGACACUGUAGCACCACUGAAUCUUCUUGGUCCAUCGCUUCAAGUUCACACCUCAUUUGUGGAUCAAAAUAAUAAGAGAAUAGUGUUGGCGCUGCAAAGUGGAUUAAAGAGCGAGUUAACAUGGGCACUAAACACGCUUACACUGCUAUCCUUCAAAGAGAAAGAAGAUAUGAGAAAAGAUUCUCUUUGUAAAAUCUCUGGCUUGCUUGAUGCUCUUCUCCAAGUUAUAGAUGACUGGCGUGAUAUAGCUCCUCCCAAAGAUCUCAGCAAAACGCCUAGGGUUAGAACAUUAGGAGCUAAUUCUCUGGUUACAGGAUUUGGUAAUGGAUAUGAAGCAUUAGGUUUAAACAAUGCUCCAGGCAGAUUAGGGUCAGGUUCUUCUGCAACUGAAGCUCCAGGGCAGAAGAAUGCAGCCAAAAUUCGCCCUUCAGAGUGGUGGUUUGAUGAGGAUGGCCUUUUUAAUUUAGAUGAGGAAGGACGGGCAGAAAAGCAGCAGUGUGCUGUGGCUGCUUCAAAUAUCAUACGCAACUUUUCUUUCAUGCCAGAGAAUGAGGUCAUUAUGGCUCAACAUCGGCAUUGCUUGGAAACUGUAUUCCAAUGUAUAGAAGAUCAUAUUACUGAGGAUGAGGAACUUGUUACAAAUGCUCUUGAAACAAUAGUAAAUUUGGCUCCACUACUUGAUCUUCGAAUUUUCAGUUCAGCGAAGCCAUCUUUUAUCAAAAUAACUGAGAAACGUGCAGUUCAAGCUAUUAUGGGGAUGCUGGGUUCUGCAGUUAGGGCUUGGCACUGUGCUGCCGCUGAAUUACUUGGCCGCAUGAUUAUAAAUCCUGACAAUGAACCAUUUCUACUUCCUUUUGUUCCACAGAUACAUAAGCGUUUGGUAGAUCUUAUGAGCAUACAAGCAGUAGAUGCACAAGCAGCAGCUGUUGGUGCCCUCUAUAACCUAGCCGAAGUUAAUAUGGACUGUAGAUUGAAGCUUGCCAGCGAGCGAUGGGCUGUUGAUCGGCUACUGAAAGUGAUUAAGAUGCCGCAUCCUGUACCCGAAGUUUGCCGGAAAGCAGCAAUGAUACUGGAGAGCCUGGUCUCUGAGCCUCAGAACAGGGCCUUGCUGCUUGCUUAUGAGAAUGCAUUUGCAGAGAUUCUCUUCUCAGAGAGCAGAUAUUCUGAUACAUUUGCGAGGAUUUUGUAUGAGCUGACAUCUAGACCAAACAACAAAUUCGCAGCAGCUCGUGGUGUUUGGGGCAUGUGAUUAAAAGCCUGCAUCACUAAGCCAUCUAGCUUCAACAGGCAAGAUUGUUGUUAUAAAUUUGGUUAUUAUUUAGUCUUUGUAAAUGUCAGCAGGCGUUUAGGUUCAAUUAGUCAUAGCUGAUGUCAUCAUUUUCUAUUUAUUUUGCAUUGUUGUUUCAUCAAGUUGCAGCUCGCUCUCUCUCUCUCUCUGGAUGAGCUUAUUUUGUAGCUGGGUAUGAUAAACAAACACUAGAAUAGUCACCCUCUUUAAUUAGUACGAUGGCAUGAUUGGAGAGCUGAUGUAGGAGAGAUUUAGAGUAAGCUGUUCUAAGGUUAAAUUACCGGAAAUAGAGAAGUGAAAGGUUUAAAACUGUUGUUUA